AUGUUCUCCAAUUACCCCGGCGGUCUCGACCCUAACAACACUAAUGAUGGUAACAAUGGGAAAUACACGGUCGCGGAGCUCUUUGAUGGCAAUAUCGAGAGACCAUACCCGACUACCGACUUCAAUAACCCGCCAGGCGGAGCCAUCAAUUUCACCACGACACCUCCGACAGGCGCCAACUAUGAAGAGCACCUAAUCGGUGUUCAAAGUGUCGUCAUUGACAGCACUGAUCGCCUCUGGAUCUUAGACACCGGUAGAGUGCAGACGCCAGAGGGUGUACUCGUCACAGCGAGUGUCGGUGGCCCAAAACUGGUCGGUGUUGACCUGACAACCAACUCAGUCAUCAAAACCAUCAUAUUUCCGGACACUGUAGCGUAUCCUGACAGCUACCUGAAUGAUGUGCGUUUUGAUAUCAACCCAAGUUUAACCGACAGUGGAGAAGGGGUCGCAUACAUCACAGACUCAUCUAACGAGGGUCGAACCGGUCUUAUCGUUGUCGAUCUUGGCUCAGGAAAAUCAUGGAGGCACCUUGACGACAGUCCGUACGUGCAAGGAGAUCGGCAAUUCCUCGCCUUUGUAUGGGGACGUGAGCUGUACGCCAACCAGCCUGGCAAGCCAGCAAGCCACCUAACUUUUGGCGCCGACGGCAUUGCUCUUGGAGCAGACGGUAAGAAUCUCUACUUUGGAGGCGUCGGGAACAGGUAUCUAUACAGCAUCCCGACCGAGCGUCUCCGCGACAACGGACCUACUUCUGAGAUCCGAGCACAAGCAGCUGUCGUCACUGAGAGCCACAAAGGGCUCUCUGACGGGUUUGAGACUGACACAAACGGCUUUAUUUACCACGGCAACUUCGAGCAUAACGCACUCAACUUCUUUAACCCAGAGAAUGGGACUGAUCAAGUCUUCCUUCGCGACCCACGGAUCAACUGGGCUGACACGGUAUGCGGCUAUGAGGCGGUCUCAAGCUCCCAGUACAGUGCAUCACGGACUAACCGAGCGUAG